AUGUCCCAUUCUUCUGGCUUCUCGGGCUCGUCCCUCAUUCACCUCAACCGUCCUGCUCAGCUGGGUUAUGAGCCGUCGCCCGCUCUCGAAGUUGUUGUUCAUGACGAUGCCGACAACGAGGCUCCCGAGUCCAUUGCUUCAUCUCCCACUUCCUCUAUCCUCCACAACGCUACUGUAUUUUACCCUCCACCUGCCGGACCGAGCAUGAAGCUCGACACAGCCCGGGUCCAUCUCCAAAGACCUCACGCAUUAAGGCGUGCCUCGUCAUUCGGCCAUAUUUCGACAGUUUCAACCGUUAGCUCAAGCCCGGAACGCAUCGAAGGAUGCGUCGACCUCCUCCGCUCUGUCAACCCCUCUGUCCGCGUUGCCAAGGCUUCCAAUGAAUGGCAGCCCGAUGCCGACUCUGCGCUCUGCAACCACCCGUUCUGCUCAACCAUGUUUGGCCAAACUACAUUGUCCCUGGGUCCUCGCCGCCACCACUGCCGCCUGUGCGGUCUCAUCUUCUGCAGCCGGCACUCGACUACCCGGUUGGCACUGCAGACCGUGGACUCUAAGAAACGACCCGUCAUCGCAUCCCUUCGCGUGUGUGACGGGUGCCGUGUCAACGUCGAGGACGAUCGUGCUCGUCGACGCUCUAGCGAUGCCACACCCAGCCUCGCCAGCUCUGAGGCUUCGGCCAAUGACGAUUUGUUUGUCAACCCAGAGACCACAUGGGUGUCACCGCUCACUAUGGGCCGCUCCUUGUCCCACACUGCUGUUGCGGACCUUCAACCGCGUCUAGCUCCCAUUGAACACUGGAUGGACCGCUCUGGUGUCUUGUCACUGUAUCCUCUCGCCGUCAAACCCUCGCACUCUCGUCGUUCUGUGUCGCCUGCUGCCACCCGUGCUGUCGGACCCCUCUUCGCACCGACACUCAGCGAGCGUCGUUGUGCCCAGGAAAAGGAGAUUGAGCGUCUGACUCUCCGUCGCCGGCGAAACGUGCACCUCUGGGUCUCGACACCUGUUGGAAGUGACGCCGAGUCAGAGGGUGACGACAGCAGCUCCAUGACUGGCGCUGCUCCGAGUGGCACGAAGACGCCCCAGGAGCGCGAACUCGACUGGUCGACAUUUUAG